AUGAAUUCCUUGAAUGUAAUACAAUUCCUGAUGGCAGCUGUGGUUACCAUAGCAACAUCAAAGAUUCAAACAAACAAGACAUUGAAAAUUUUGACGAUAGAAAAUGAACCAUGGAUGAUGAUUGACCCCAACAAGACAGGUUUGGCUGCCUAUUCUGGGUACAUGGCUGACUAUGUGCGAAAACUGAGUGAUAAAACUGGCUUUUCAUAUGAGUUCUACUCUUCUGGUCUCGCAGAUGUGAUUCCAGGGAAACAUGAUGGGUUAUUGAAUGAGAUGGUCACUAUGGGUGCAGAUGUGGUAGCAGCCCCAAUACUCAUAACUCCAGAAACAUCAAAAGCUGCUUACUUUAUCCAUCCAUUACAACAGACAGGGAUCACAAUUCUAAUACGAAGACCAUCAAAGACAGAAGUAGCAGCAGCCCAGCUAGCAGGAUUCUCUGUCUUAAAACCUUUCUCAACUGGACUGUGGUUGAUAACAAUUGCUGCAUUUUUGUUGACGACUUUGUUACUAUGGAUAUGCAACCAUUAUAACCCAUAUGAGUAUGGAACUAUGGCUGUACGAGGUCGCAUAGACAGGAGAGAGGCUGAAGCUUUUACCUUUCAAGGAUCUUUAUGGUUUGUCUUCACUACUCUGCAAUGGCAAGGUUUUGAAAGAUCCCCACAUUCCAUAGCAGCCAAAAUCCUCUCUAGUUUCUGGUUUGUUUUUGUCACACUGACAUUGGUGACGUACAUUGGAAGCCUCGUGAACUGCCUGUCAAUCUCUGCUACAGCUCCACCCCCUCAACGACAUCACAUUAUCAACAGCAUAGAGGACUUAUUUUCCCAGGAUCCUGUCCUCGUGAAUUUUGGAUGGAUUAGAGACUCAAGCACAGAUGCAUAUUUCAAGAAAAGACAUGGAAUGAUGUACCAUUUGAUGAUAGCAUACAUAGACAAACAAGAAAAGAACAUUGUGAAUUCUCUUGAAGAGGGAAUAGCCAAAGUACGAAAUGAAAGUUAUGCCCUUUUGGUUGAGAAAUUAUUGGUGAAGUCGUACAUUAAUCAGAAGCCCUGUGAUUUAAUAUCUGUUGGUGAGCCAUUACAUACCAGGGGAUAUGGUAUAGCUGUAGGGAAAAACAUAAGUGAAGAUAUACUAGAACCAUUUCAUCAGGCAACUCUAGAAAUGCAGGAACAGGGUGACCUUGAUGACCUUGAGAGAAUAUGGUGGGGAGACUGCUAUAGAGAGAACACAGUGGAGUCACCUACUCCAGCUACAUGGCUCACCAAGGGCAAGGACGAUUCUGGGAUUAUUCCUAUCACUGUGCCAAUGUUUGCAGCCCCCCUCAUCAUCCUGUUGUGUGGCAUAUGCAUCACUGCCUUUGCUUUCUUGGGUGAUGUUCUUCAUUAUAAAUAUUAUGGAAGGUAUGCAACACGUGGGGGUGCAAUAGGCGGCCCAGUAGAUGAGAUGAAUGACAACCUUACAGAACAUCAGAUCACGGAAGAAUUAAAACAAUAUUAGUCUUCAUUGCAAGACCUGCCUGUUUGUUUGGCAAAACAUUAUCUUGUAGAAAAGUGAAUACUCAUUAGAAACAUAUGUAUUCAAUAAAAAUGGUGCUAUUCUUGAUGCUUCUAAAGCUGACAAUAUUAUUAUAUCUAUCUGGAAAAACAACUGAAAAUAUCAAUAUGGGGCCAUGGUAUUAAAAAUCAUACCACUUGUUUUGAUUCAGAAACGCUGUCAGAUUACUGUACAUUUCCAAAUCCAUGGGAGUUACAGUUAAUAGUAUAUCAUUGUACAUAUUUAGCUUUUAUAAAUAUUUUUGGAACAUAAUAAUGGCUAAAAGGGAUUGGUGAUUCUGAAUAACGCUUUAGAUGCUAAAUAUGACGCAUUUUAUAUGAAUGGAGGCUAUCUUACUUUUUUCAAGAGGAUAGACGAUGACGCAGAAUGUCAUUUGUAAUUAUUUUAUAUAGG